AUGGCGCAGAGGGAGAAAUCGUCCGUCGCGGUCGCCUCCCUGUCGUCCUCGGCGCCAACCGCCGUGCCCUCGGGCGAGCGGUGGGGCGCCGCGAUCGGCAACCUGGGAGAGCUGGGCGCCAACGUCGAGUCGCUGCAGAAGCUGCUCGCCCGGAAGGCCGUCUUCGUCGACGACGACGUCUUCUCCAAGGCCUCCCUCGCCUCCGAACAGGCCCGCUCCAUCAAGAUUCUUGACCAGAGGGUGCAGUCUCUGGAACGUGAACUGGACGCUGCCAUUUCUGCAGCUGCUCGAGCCCGUACAGAAAAACGCCAGGCUGAAGCUGCUCAACGAGCUGCAGAGCUGCAUGCACAGGAAGUCACGAAGGAGCUGGAGAACACCGCAAGAGUUUUCCAGCUGCACAUGGAAGAGCUGCGGGCAAAACAAGAGGAGAUCGCCAAGAGAGAUAGUGAUAUCAAGUGGAUGUGCUAUGCGUUCUUAGGUACCAAGGAGGUGGCCAUGGAGAAGCUAGAAGCAAGGGACAAGCCCUCACAGAAAUGGAGCAAGGAGUGCAACAAGUGGAGCCGCCGCAAAGCAACAGUGUCCGAACACCCGAUCAAGGCAUGGAUAUCCGGUGCCAGCAAACAAAGAACAUUCGGAAGAAACAGGCGCCCGGUGACUCCCAUCGAACGACCAGACAUUCGACGCAUCCCUAGAAAUCCGGCUAGGAGGGUCUAG